CAAAUUUCCAAAUACAAUCCUCCGCAAAUAUUCAAGCAGCGCCAGCCUCCACGACGCCCAUUUCUGCCCAACAGUCCUUCUGUCCUUUCUGCUUCAGAGCGUACAAAUGUCUGGCUUCGGUGCGCCGGGUGGCGGCGCGGCCAACUACAAGCCAACACCUCCAGAGCGCGGCUCCUUUCCUCUUGAUCACGACGCGGAAUGCAAGCACGUCAUCUCCUCCUAUCUACGAUGUUUGAGAAGACAAAAUCCUCCCGGAAGAAACAAUGAGGAGUGUAGAUUACUAGCAAAGGAAUAUCUCGGGUGCCGUAUGGAGAAGGGUCUCAUGGCGAAAGACGAGUGGUCAAAUUUGGGACUGGAGUUUGGCAAAACAGCGACAGGAGACCCAAACGCUGCGGGUGCUUCUGGUAGCGACAGCAAGAAGAGUUGAAGUGUCGAAACAAGUCAGAAUGGAGUCUGCACGUUCGGUAACCGUUACGAUUGUGCUGGCCUAAUUGCACCAGAAUCGAGCCGUCGCCACGAACGGCACGCGAUUGACCGUCAACUGCGAAUUCAGUGCCGACCAUCAGAUCUUCACGCCUACUCAGAUGUUGAAUGUGGGUAGGGCGUGAACCACAUGCUUUGCCUCGUUGCUCUCCUGAAAGCUGGCGCUCAGACUUCAGAAACCCUGUCUGUGGUAUGCCUGGAAUCGAACUUCCUCGUACAUUUCUCAUCCGAGCAGUCUAGAUGGUUCGCCCCGUGGCUUGACUGUCCUUCACCAUUUCAAGCAUCGUUCUACGGGCACUUCAUGUGAUACCGUCCUUGCACGGGGCGCCGAAGCUCGGAAAUCGAGACCUCCGCAAAUACCAGCAUUCGAACGAAGAUUAUCAAUGACCGGCUUUCUGCAGCCACUUGCGUUCGAACCGGCAACCUUUCGAUUCUGGCUUGCUGCAGGCCUAACUCGAAAUGCUGUUUGACUUGGCUGGAUAUUAGCUUGGAGUUUCAUCUAUGCCCGGCGAAUACUCCAAAUUUGGAUACUGCAAGUUUGGCAGAACGUUGAACGCAUGUCACGCCAUCCGAGCAUGGUCGGACGUGGCGAGGUGAAGACAUGGUGAACGGCAAAAAUCAAUCGGUGUCUCGGUUCGACACGCGUGCAGAGGCACCCCGUGGUCGAUUCUUGCUGAAGUUCACAGGUGGAGACGAUACAAGGAUUUGGAGGGUUACGCACACUGCGAGUUUGCAACAGGCCUUGAUUCGUACGACUACUUGUUCAAUGGUGGCUGUUUGGGCCUCAGCCUCCAUCUGGAAAUAGACUCUGUCCUGGGAAGAAACUGGUAUGGAUAUUAUGUUCCACGAACAAUGGGAUUCAACAAUAGUGUGGAUGAAGCCUGCUCGGUUCGGGCCAAAUUCCGCAGGGGCGUCCCGCAGCCAGCCCUAGCAUCUUUGUCCUUACUCGAGGAAGAAAGGUCUGCGAUCUGUGAAACCUCCCCUCUUACCAGUCCUGAACCUCCUCGAAACACGUUCGCCUUCUCCACAACAUAGCGCAUAAUAAUAAUGCGAGAAGACUCCAUGCUUGCGCAUCAAUUUCAGCACGCACUUCCUGUCUCUGGCUUCUGCCU